AAAGACUCCGCCUAUUGACUCCUUUCUCAGGUUAUGCUGCUAGCGCGAUAACCUUGUGCUAAUGGAAAUGGUCGGAAGAGAGAAGAUGGGAAGGAUAUUUCGAGACUGGGGGAAUAUGGGGGAUUUGUUAAUUUUUACUUAAGUAGAUCAUCCAAGGGAGCAGCCCACAGCAUCUGCUCGUUGGAGCGCACGGUAGCCAGUUCCCCUAAGAAAAGAGGAACUUUUUGAGUUCCAUGAUGGUGAAGUAUUUCAUCAGUGAGACGGAUAUUAGGAAUGCAUGGGACCAUGUUUUCUCUGCUUUCUGGCAGAGGUACCCCAACCCAUUCAGCACCCAUGUUCUUACGGAGGACGUGGUGUACCGUGAGGUCACAGCGGACCACCGGCUUCUCUCCCGACGCCUCCUGACCAAGACCAAUCGGCUUCCCCGCUGGGCGGAGAGGGUCUUUCCUGCUAACAUGUCACGGUCCGUGUACAUUGUGGAGGACUCCAUUGUAGACCCAACAAAUAAGAACAUGACAACCUUCACCUGGAACCUCAACCAUGCCACACUAAUGAUGGUGGAGGAGCGCUGCUCGUACCAACAGAACCAGGACCGGCCCGGCUGGACUCUGCUCCGGAGAGAGGCAUGGAUCUCCUCAGGAGUGUUCGGACUCUCCCGGCCCAUCCAGGAGUUUGGCCUGGCCCGUUUCAAGAGUAACCAGGCGAAAGCCAUGAAGGGCCUGGAAUAUGCACUGUCCAACCAGCAUGACCCCCCACAGAGGCUUCCCAGAGACACCGUGAGAGACGCGUCAGAGAAGGCCAAGGAGACGGCGAUGGCAGCUACAGAGAAGGCCAAGAACCUGGCCUCAGCCGCCGGCACUAAGAAACCGCAACAGUUUGUGUAGCAUGGACAUGGACAGCUGAGCCAAACGCACAGACACACAAACACACAUGUACAAACACACACGUGUAAGGUUUGUGAGUAGCACAGACACAAUGGUACAGCUGAGCCCAGUACACAUACACACAGACAGAGUUAAACUGGGAUCAGUUGUUCCUUUGUCUGCUGCAUGUUCAUGCGUUUCAGGUCUGGAUCUGAUGGACACCGUCUCAACAGUUUACAACCGUCCUCUUAGAAAUAUUUUAUUGUUGGUGCUGAAUCUCUCAGGUUAUGUACAAUUGUACUCAAUAACCGUCUGCAUCAUAAUGUUUACUACUACUACUACUACUACUACAUAUAGUGUCCUUUUUUGACCCAAGAAUAGUAUAAGGGCGCUUUCACACCUGCCUCUUUUGAAUCGAACCCUGGUGCGUUUUCCCCCCGGUGCGGUUCUUCUGGGCUGGUGUGAAUACAGCAAUCGAACCCUGGUUUCGGACCAAAACAGCCGUACCCAGACCCUGUUGAGACAGUGGUCUCGGUCCUCUGGAGCGGAUCAUUUGUGGUGAGAACAUGAUCCAACCCAAUUACAGGAAGCAUUGUGCAUUUUGGGUUAAACCAGCUGCUGUAGCGAGUUGCCCUGUGCAUUAUGGGAUAAGGUUUUGUUUUUCCGGUUUGUCCUACUCAACUCUACAAAUUUCUGUCCAAUAAAUGAACGACCUUAGCACACAACCGGUUUUGUUCAGAAAUCAUGGUUCGCUUAAAAAAAGGCAGUGUGAAACAUAAGCGUACCUAAGAAAAAAAUGCAACAUUGUAUUUGGUUCAGGCCAAUUCAAGAAAACUAUAGGUAUGAAAGCACCCGAACAAUAAGUGCAUUUAACUGGUUUGAAAUGCAGAAUCAAGCGCGCACAUUCAAGAAGGCAUGCAGUAAUGUGCAUGCAUCUGCAAAACAGAAGCUGGCAAUUCUGAUACUUAAGUUUGUCUCAGGGUGCAGUCAAGAAUAUUAUUCACAUUAUUUUACAUGCAUUUUAUUAAUUCAUACAAGUAAUAUGAUCUAGGUACUUGUAUAACAUCUAUUAUUAUAAAAAAUAAUUGUGCUAUACAGGUAUGUUUCAAAUGUUUUUGUUUUUUUAACUUAAUUUUUCCAAAUGUUUUAUUUGUGAAUUUUCUUGACUUUUGUAUGUCUGUUCUUGUUUUAAAUUAACAUUUUUGUUGUCAUGUUUUAAUGUAUUUAUGCCAUUCCUGUUUUGUUGGAGUUUACAUCUACAAUCAAUUUAUUGCAGUCCUUUAGAAUAUAACAAGAAACCGUUUGAAGCGUUUCUUUUAUAUGUAUUUUUGUAUCAGGGCUAACGUGAAAUACUUGCCAAUAUUAUGGACCUACAACAUCAA